AUGUCUGCUGAGGAGCUCGGCUCGGAGGGGAAGUGGUUCGGGGAUGACUAUGAGAGGAACGGCCUGUUUGGGAACCCUUCGACCCGGUUUGACGAGCUACGUGAUGAUUUUAAGCCAAGAGGCGGCGAGGCGACAGGCGACCUGGAUCAACAAUUUCAUCCUUUCCAGGACGACGGAAAAAGGCCUCCCGUUGCUAUGGAAACUGCAUCUACAGAUGACCCUAUGUCUGGAAUGUUUCGGAAGCCUCUGAAUGAUGAUGGUGAUGUGUACACCUCCCUACUGUCCAAUCAGAGCUUCACAUCUGGCCGUGAAUCUUCCUACCUGUCUGAGCCUUCCAAGCCGUCCUCUGGCUCCCACUUCUCCAGCGACACCUACAGCUUCAGCUCCAACUCCAAGAUGACUUCCGAUCUGCUUGAUGAUAUGCCCAAAUCUCUGCUGGGUUCAGACAAGACAGAAUCCUACAACUACAUGGACAUCAGCCAUGGGGAUGAGCGCUACGACAAACACCAGGGGGGUGUGCACAACACCACUUCACUGGGCAGCUACAUAGACAAGAACCCUGGAAAAGAUGAUGAUGAGGAUGAGGAUGAAGAGGAGGAGGAGAACCUUGGUCCGGCACUGGGCUCACACUCUUUCCCAUAUGUGGAGGAGCCAUCUGAUGAAGAGCUGUCAGACUACCGUUCCUACCGGAACCUGGGCGGCACCCCUCAGACGGCCAGUCCAGUGAAGAUCACCUUGACCGAGUCCAAGCCUCCAGAAACCAAGGCUGAGCCGGAGAAGCGUCCCUCACCAGUCAGUGUAUCUGAGCGUGAAAACGUCCUCAGUGUGGGCUUGCAAGGUGUUCCCACUGUCACGCUUUCAGAGCCAGAAGACGAGAGCCCUGCCUCUACUCCUAACGCUUCACCAACACAGAAAGAAUUCCCUCGCCACGACAUGUUCAAGGCCGAUACAGUGAAGCCUGCAGCUCCCGGAAGCAGUCCAGGCACAAAGGCCGGCAGCAGGGAGCACGAUGGCAGCAGUGCCGAGUCUGGAGACUCUGAGAUUGAGCUGGUGUCUGAGGAACCAACCAAGGCCAAGAGCAACCCAUUCGCCCAGCCACCUAAGAGCAAGGUCGCAUUCAGCCAGCCUAGCAACCCCUUUGACAACCCCCCGGUCGCCAAGGGUGGUUUCGGCCUGGCUGGCAACCACGCUCCACCCACAGCCUACAGCAUUCUGAGGGAAGAGAGAGAGGCAGAGCUUGACAGUGAUCUCUUCAUUGAGUCUGCAUCUGAAGAGAGCCCAAAGAGGGAGCAGGGCUUCGGUGGCCCCAAACAGGGAGCCAGCCCUCCCUCUCCCCUGGUCCCCGCCGCUGCCCCUCCUCGCAGCCCUGCAGAGGCAGUGCCAGCAGAGCCCCUGAUUACAGAAAAGGUCAAGACCCCAGUGAAAACAGAAGAGGACCGCCCCAGCAAACCCAAACCCCCUACCGCUGCUGUACCCCCAGAGGUGCGAUCAGAGAAGCCCCACAUGGACGACACAUUCAAGCACACCAAUGAGGGCAAGGGCGACCUGGGAAAACCUGCAAUGUCCAUCUUCCCUGAGGGAUUUAAUAAGCAAAAAGCUAUUGACCUGCUCUACUGGAGGAAUGUGAAGCAGUCGGGAGCCGUGUUCAGCAGCGUGCUUCUGCUCCUCUUCUCCCUGACCCAGUUCAGCGUGGUCAGCGUUGGAGCCUACUUAGCCCUGGCAGCCCUCUCCGCCACCAUCAGCUUCAGAAUCUACAAGUCUGUCCUUCAGGCCGUGCAGAAAACCGAUGAGGGCCAUCCUUUCAAAGCCUACCUGGAGAUGGAAAUCGCUCUGUCCCAGGACCAGAUUAGCAAAUAUGCCGAUAAAAUUCUGCUGUACUCUAACACCUGUAUGAAGGAGCUCCGUAGGCUGUUCCUCGUACAAGAUCUGGUCGACUCUUUGAAGUUUGCUGUUCUGAUGUGGCUGCUGACCUAUGUGGGCGCUCUCUUCAACGGCCUGACACUGCUCAUCCUAGCUGUGGUCUCCAUGUUCACCAUGCCUGUGGUGUAUGAGAAACAUCAGGCACAGAUUGACCAGUAUGUGGGACUAAUACGGACCCAGGUCAACUCUGUGGUGGGGAAGAUCCAAGCAAAGAUCCCCGGGGCAAAGAGAAAGGAGGAGUAACCUGUCUGUCUCAACGUGAAGCUGACAGUCCAGUCCAGCUCAAGAGGCAGACAGCCCGCUCACUGUUCAAGAGCCUGGUCGUCAUCUGUGGGGCGUAGUGCUAUGUCAUCUUGGUGUUCUCUAAAAGCAUCCACUGGAGAAGCCUUCACCCUGUCUAUAGCAGUCUAAAAAAAACACUAACACAGUCACACGUACAUAAUCCUGUUUCUAGGUAGACGAGUACACCACUUGAAACAAAAAAAGAAACUGACUUUUUUUGUGUUGCUUAUUAUAAAGUGCAUGAAGUCGAGCCUUGGGUAAAUAAUAUUUGAUAUCUUUUGUGCAGUUUUUACAUCACGCUACAUUUUUUUUGCUUUGCAGUGCUUACCACAAACUGUACGGUUUGGCCCAAAAAAGCUAAAUGCCCACAGACGUGCUCUGCUGCCAAUGUUAAAUACUGCUUCAUGUUUCUGAGUUAGCAGAUGGGGCUUCUCUCAGUAUAUGUCAAUAUAUAUAAAUAUCAAAAUGAUUUCCUUUUGGUGUUUCCAAGCACAAAAUAAUUUAACAAUAUGCGUCUUAGAUGUGGUAAUUGUAGGGUUUUUGCUUUUGUAUACCCAUAAGGAACAAUACACACGCUCAUGUUUUAGGUACUGUUGUACAACUACUAUGAAGACAAGGAGUAUCUGGUGAUAUUUAGCUUGUUUGAAUAACUGUCCAACUUUGUACUAUGUUCAACUAUACUCUGUAGUUCUUUAGACCCUGGACUCUUUAACUAUUUGCACUUACAGUAUGUAUUUAAUUACAAGAAUAAGAAAAUAAAUGUACGUUGAUGUA